AUGAGUAGUACCAUUAAUUCUUCAGAAAGCACAACGCUACCGUGUCCAGUAACUGAUGCACCUUCCCAAGAUGAGACUCCGCUGGUAGUGUUCUUGGUCAUAUCUUCUAUUCUAGUUCUUAUUUCUGGGGCUCUGCUACUUCACAAAUUAUGGAGUCUAAGAGUGCUGAGGAAAAGCGAGAUAGACAUGGUUGUGACCUAUGCUUCUGCAGAGGAGGGCUCCAUUAUCGAUCUUCUCCCGGAAAAUCUUAGGAAUGGUAACGUUAUCUAUGAAGAAGAAUUGGGCGAUAAUGAUGUAGAGGAAGAGGAGAAUAUAACAGUAGAGUAUUCGAACCUUCAAUCAAUGAGGAUUUCUGUGGAGGAAUUCAUACGGGGCUUUCCAGAGAAGAAAUCAAACCAUUCCUUGGAAAAGGAGUUUAAAGAUUUGCCUGACGGUUUAUUGGAACCCUACUCAGAGGCUCUGAAACUUGUCAACAGAAAGAAAAAUAGAUAUAAAACCAUCUACCCUUAUGAUCACAGCCGAGUGGUACUGGACAGAACGGACGACCCAGAGAAAUCCGAUUACAUCAACGCUUCCUACAUAGCUGGAUACAAGAAAGAAAAGGCCUACAUAGCAGCACAAGGCCCCUUUACAAUGGAAACUAUAGAAGAUUUUUGGACGCUCAUCUGGCAAACCGAUUGUACUAGGAUCGUAAUGUUAACAAACUUAUAUGAGGGAGAAAAGAUGAAGUGUCUGAGGUACUGGACAGAAGACACAGAAACAGAAAUAGACAUCGGGCCUUAUCACAUCAAACUGGACACAUUGGAUGAAUAUGAUCGCUAUACUAUAAGAUAUCUUAUUGUCUCUAAAGAUAAUGAUGAGGUGAAGCGAGUGACACAGUUCCAUUUCACGACGUGGUCUGAUAACUCCGUUCCAGAGGACUUGGCCUCUCUAAUUUGUUUCCGGAACUUGGUGCGAAAUGGACUGACAACAUCUGAUGGUCCUAUUGUCGUCCAUUGCAGCGCUGGGAUCGGACGUACGGGGACCUUUAUAGCGCUGGACUACAUGUUAGAUGAGGGGACAGUGGAUAAUUACGUCGACGUCAAGUCGUACGUCGCCUCCCUUCGCCAGCAAAGAGCAAAGUGUGUUCAAACAUAUGAACAGUACGUUUUUCUUCAUGAAGCUCUUAUCGAAGGAUUGCAAAAUUCCAGACAAAGUUGUUUAUCAAUAUUGUAAAACAUCAUCAACAUGAAAUGGACAUUAAACUUCAAUAAAAAAAAUUGUAAAAUACAUAUCAAACUGUAAAGACAAAUAAUUAUUCCUGUAGAAAUAUGACUGGGAGUCAUUUAUUCGACGUCCAUAACGACAUUUCAGCUGUAGAAAAAUAUGAAUACAGUAAACAGUUGGUAAAGUUAAAUCAA